AUGGAGAAGAUCAUCAAGAAGUUGAACCCCGCGGAGGUGUCAACUUUGAUUAAGCUGAUGAAGUUGUCGACUGGUGAGAGCACGAAAAAACCAUCGAAGAAAUUGGAGCUUCCGACCAUCGAUCUGAAGCUUGAUGGACCGAGUACUUACCUGAGCUGGUCGCGGCGGGUGAGAUACACCCUUGCAGGGAGGAACCUGGAGGGUUACUUGACAGGAGAGGCGACAGAGCCGGAUGAGGACUCGGAGAGAAGAGAUGAGUGGAAGGCCACUCAUAUGUUAGUAUACAUCUGGCUCCUUAACUCUUUGGUCCAGUCGAUCGCCGCCACAGUGGAUGGCAUUGAGAAGGUGAAGGACGUCUGGGAAAAGUUAAGGAGGACCUAUGAUGGAGUGGGGAAUAACCUGAGGGUGUUCCAGAUUAAGGGUGAGAUCGACGCUACAGUCCAAGGAGAUAGGACUGUACAGGAGUAUGCCACAAAGCUGGAGCAGCUGUGGCUAGAUUAUGAUCACUUCUCACCUCGGGCCAGCUGCAAGGACCCGGGAUGUAAAGAACGGGAGGCCUUUCUACAGGAGAGGACUAUGGUGUUUCUCAAAGGAUUGACAUCAGAGUUCGCUCAGCGAAUCGCAUUGCUGCUAGCUCAGCCGAAGAUUCCCACACUUGAGGAGACUGUCUCUGCUAUGAUCUAG